AUGAUAACUCUUAACUUACCCUCUAUUUUGGUGCCUUUAGUGGGCCUAGUAUUUCCGGCAAUUGCAAUGGCUUCAUUAUUUCUUCAUGUUCAAAAAAACAAGAUUUUUUAG